AUGCAGUUCAAGACUCUUGCUCUCGCCGCCGCCACCGCUGGUGCUGCCGCCGCUGCCGAUGCCGCCCCCAAGUACUUCGGCUUGGUCGCCAUCCAAUCUGGCUCUGAGGUCCAGAACCUGAGCUUCCAGGCCGCCCAGGAAAGCCUUUUCAUCGGCAAGAAGGACCAGGGCGCCACGUGCGACAAGGACACCAACUUCGCUACCUUCUACCUUGACAACGGUGGUCUCUACCUUUACCGCCAGUCUGCCACUCCCCAGCAGGUAUACGUCGACCGAGGCAAGGGCCAGGGCGUAGUUCAGUACACUACCGGUGCUCAGCCUACCUCCAAGAACGGCGAGAAGACCGGCUUCUCUAUUGCCGAAGGCAAGCUCCAAUUUGACGGCACCGGCUUCCAGGCCUGCAAAGCCGGUGACGACGGAUACGUCCUCUGGCUCGACAUCGUCCACCCUGCUCCCGGCUACGAGGACUGCACUAGCAUCGAUGCCCACGUCCAGGAAACCACUGAGCCCAUCUCUUGCCUCUACACC